CAGUCAGCUGACUCUGAGCUGUCAUGUGGCCUUCACAGGCAAAGGCGAGCCAGCGGAGCGUGAGUAAACAACCAGCGGUAAAUUUCAGCACAGCACAACUCGGUGGUCUCCCUUUCCUGGUGCUGCUCGACCCUCUCACACGUCCAUCAUGGCUUGGACAAAAUACCAGAUGUUCCUCGCGGGACUCAUGCUCACGACCGGCUCCAUCAACACUCUGUCGGCCAAAUGGGCUGAUAUGUUUAAAGCAAAGGGUUGCCAGGAUGGGCCUGAGCAUGCGUUUUCUCACCCCUUUCUACAGGCAGUGUGGAUGUUUCUGGGCGAGUUCAGCUGUCUUGCAGUUUUCUACCUCUUGGUUUGCCAAGACAAACGUCGACCAGAACCUAGAAUCAAUCCUGGCCAGAGAUUCAACCCCUUCCUCUUCCUCCCUCCUGCCAUGUGCGACAUGAUAGCCACCUCCAUCAUGUAUGUCGCUCUGAACAUGACAAGUGCCUCCAGCUUCCAGAUGCUCCGUGGAGCCGUCAUCAUCUUCACCGGUCUACUUUCGGUGGCUUUUCUGGGGCGUCGCCUGGCACUCAGUCAGUGGAUCGGCAUCUUUGUUACCAUCCUGGGCCUGGUGAUAGUGGGCCUGGCUGACUUUGUCAGCGGGAACAAAGAUGAUUCACACAAACUGAGUGACGUGAUCACUGGAGAUCUUCUGAUCAUCAUGGCUCAGAUCAUUGUGUCAGUGCAGAUGGUCCUUGAGGAAAAGUUUGUCUACACACAUGACGUCCAUCCUCUCCGAGCUGUUGGAACUGAAGGUUUUUUUGGUUUCUUUGUCCUGUCGCUGCUGCUCAUCCCCAUGUACUUCAUCCCUGUUGGAAGUUUUGCCAACAACCCUCGGCAGGUUCUGGAGGACGCACUGGAUGCCUUCUGUCAGAUCGGCUACAGGCCUCUCAUUUUGCUGGCUCUGCUCGGCAACACGGUCAGCAUCGCCUUCUUCAACUUCGCAGGGAUCAGCGUCACUAAAGAGAUCAGCGCCACCACCCGCAUGGUGCUGGACAGCCUGCGUACACUGGUCAUCUGGGUGGUGAGCCUGGCACUGGGCUGGGAGCAGUUUCACGGGCUGCAGGUUCUGGGCUUUGUGGUGCUGCUGGUGGGUACAGGGCUUUACAACGGACUGCACCGCCCCCUGCUGGGCAGGAUACCAUGCUGUGCUAGGCUGGUGAAUGAAGAGGAAGGCAGCUCAGUAGAAAGAGAGAGACUGCUGAAUGAUGGCCGGGUGCAGUCUGGUGACAACAGCUAAAAGUUGUGGACACACACAGCACAGACAGUCCUGGGUUAAUGGAUGGUCUGUGAGAGACGCUGCUGUAAUUACUAUUAAAAAUCUUUUGUUCACACCUCAGAUUUUCUGUCACAUGCUGUUGUAACAGGUGAGAGUGUGAAAACUGUCUUAAAGAUAAAAAGUUUGACAUUUUGGAGAAAAAUGUGCUCAUUUCCAUCUCUUCAGAGAGUUAGCUGAGAUUAUUAAUACCGCUAGAACAGGAGGAAACACUGCUUCUGUCCAAAUGCAACAAAAUCUGCCAAGCUGAGAAACUCUCUGCUACAUGACUUCCAUAGUUUUUGUUUGAAUACAAACAAGCAUCCUCUUCUCUCGCCUGCUCCUGUUAGGGCUCACCAUAGCGAAUCAUCUGUCUUCAUCUCAUCCUAUCCCUUGCAUCAUUCUGCCACACUAACUAUCUGCACAUUUUCUCUCCUUCAGUACAUCCAAGCAAACAUGACUGUGCUGAUUGAUGAGCUUCAGAAGUGUCAAUAGGCUGAUUAGCCGUUUCCUGUCAUACUAAGCAAAAUGAAACAGCUGCAUAUUUACCACACAUAUGAGUCUUAUUAAUCUUCUCAUCUAACAAUCUGCAAAAUUGAUUUUUGUUUUACAAAAUGUCACAUUUUUCGAUCAAAGAAACAGUGUGUAGAAAAGGUGGCCUGGAGUAGAUUUUAUAUUACAGGUUUUUAAGGGAUUCUUACUUUUCUGUUGAACUGUGUGUGUGUGUGUGUGU